AUGGGAAAGGUGCAGGUGCAACAGCUCUUCAUGCGGACCAAGACGUUGUCGCCAUUCUUUGUCUUCCACGACAAGAUGGACGCCAUCGUGCCAAGGCGCAACGACAACCUCUCCAACGCCAGUGCCUGUCAAUGCCCUUCUCACCAAGCUCAAGGCGUCUUGGACUGCCGCGGCAUCUACGUCAUCGGCACCACCAACUAA